GCUCUGAGUAGGGCGGAGAUGCACGGCGGCUAUGCACGGCGCUCCCGGCGACGAUGGAGGACCGGUCCCACAAGGUGCUGUUGGCGCUGGUGAUACUCUUCCUCUUCGCCGUGAUCGUGCUGCAGUACGUCUGCCCGGGCACCGAGUGCCAGCUCCUGCGGCUCCGCGCCCUCAGCCCCGCCGCCGCCGACCCGUACCGGGCGGAGGACGAGACGCCGGCGCGUUUCGUUCCCCGUUUCAAUUUCUCCGCCGACGACCUGCUGCGGCGGGUGGACUUCAAAAUCAAGGGGGACGACCUGAUCGUGUUCCUGCACAUCCAGAAGACGGGGGGCACCACCUUCGGGCGGCACCUGGUCCGCAACAUCCAGCUGGAGCAGCCCUGCGAGUGCCGCGCCGGGCAGAAGAAGUGCACCUGCCACCGGCCCGGUAAGCGGGAGACCUGGCUCUUCUCCCGCUUCUCCACCGGCUGGAGCUGCGGGCUGCACGCCGACUGGACCGAGCUCACCAACUGCGUGCCCUCCGUGGUAGACAGCAAGAAGGAGGUGCGACUCCGGCCCUCCAGGAAUUUCUACUACAUCACCAUCCUGCGUGACCCCGUGUCCCGAUACCUGAGCGAAUGGCGCCAUGUCCAGCGAGGAGCGACAUGGAAGGCGUCCCUGCAUGUCUGCGACGGCCGGUCCCCAACCACCGAGGAGCUGCCCAGCUGCUACACGGGGGAUGACUGGUCGGGCUGUUCCCUGCAGGAGUUCAUGGAUUGCCCCUACAACCUGGCCAAUAACCGCCAGGUCCGCAUGCUCUCUGACCUCAGUCUGGUGGGAUGCUACAACCUGUCGGUCAUGCCCGAGGAGCAGAGAAAUAAGAUUCUGCUGGACAGUGCCAAGGAGAACCUGAAGCGGAUGGCCUUCUUCGGCCUGACCGAGUUCCAGCGCAAGACUCAGUAUCUCUUUGAGAAGACUUUCAACAUGAACUUCAUAUCACCGUUCACGCAGUACAAUAGCACAAGGGCCUCCAGCAUGGAGAUAGACAAGCAGACUCAGCAGCAUAUCAAGGCCCUCAAUUUUUUAGACAUGAAAUUGUACGAUUAUGCAAAAGACCUGUUUUUGCAGCGGUACCAGUACAUGCGGCAGAAGGAGCACCAGGAGGCGCGACGGAAACGCCAGGAGCAGCGGAAGAUCCUGCGGGUGAAGCAGACGCACCUGAGGGAGCAGGGGGAGAACAGCUCCAGCACUGACUACACAGGGAAUGUGGAGCGGUGGCGGUGAUAGUGGGGGGCCCCUUCCAGGCGCAGAAAAGAAGCAGAGCCCAACCCAACCUGCAAACUGGAGAUGACAAGCGUCACUAGAUGGACACGAAAAGAACGACACUCACGCAGUCAGGUUGUCAGAGCAAAAAAGAGCAUGUUUAUUUCUCAGCCUCGAUUUAUAUAAAUUUUGGACAAUGACCAGGGAUUGGAGAAUGAGGUUGCCACCUCUCCAACCCCACUGGUCAAACUAGAAGUCCAUCAAUUGUCCCUCCUACAGAGAGAAAUGCAAAACCACUUUGUUUAUGUUACAAUCCGUGAGAAACUCCACUACAAAAAUGCAAAAUAUCAGGAGGCUGAAAAUCUCAGGACAACAGACAAGUGAUGUUUCUCAAGGGUCUGAAGCAAAAAAAGGUCAAAAUGUGUCCUUUGCAGUUGCCUUUGCAGUAAAUGUACUGUAUGCAGAACACUUAAUCUUAGCGUGUAAUUAAAUUGUCCUUUUUAGGUCUGUUGGAUUAUUUAUGAAAUACAGGAGCCAUCUUGGGUCAUCGGAAAUGUUUGCUUGGACAUUUACUUAAAAGAAGUGAAAGAAAAGAAUCCUUAAACUAGUUAUGAGUGCAAAACGGGAUGCUGGAAAAUGUUUAUGAUGCUCAGCUGAAAUCUAUUUGGGAAGCAAACUCAUUUCCUACUAACAAGCAUUUAGCAUACUCUCACAAUACAGUAUAUGAACAAAACCUUUUCCCUUUGAUUUUAUCUUAAUUUUAUUUCAAUAAUGCAUUUUCAAGGGUACCAACUGCUUAUGAUAUUUACCAAGUUAAUGAAUGGAUGAUGAAGGGAACAAUAAAGGUCUAGAAAAAUUAUCGACUAGUUUUAUGUAUAAUAUUGGUUUUUAAAAUUAAUAGAAGUAAUUUCUCUAGUUAUAUAAAUAUUUAAAAUUUUAAACUUUUUCUACCUACUGCUGUUUAGACUUUUAAGCUUGGUCUAUCUCAUAUUAAAAAAAAAAAAAAAAAAGCAAAAAAAAAAGACUUGCAUACUUUUCUGAACUCAAUGCCAACAUUAUAGACACCGUUUCCAGAAUUUUUCAGGGCAGUAUGAUUUUAACCAUUCUGGAAAAGUUACAGCACAUUCUUAUGUUUGUUUCAUAAAGCCUUCUCCAAAUUAUAAUCCUGUGACAGUGUCUCAUUUUAAGUCUUUCUUACCCAUUAGAAUACAUAAUGCUGAAUUUAUCAUUGCUUAAUAAUUGGUGGUAUAAACUAGAUGAAAAUAUGUUGCCGAUAUUUGUGUGGUAUCUUUAGAAAGUCAUAAAACUCUCUAACCCCAGGAAUAUUAUUAAGAGAAUUGUUCAAUGGAAGUAGAUUUACACUUGAAUUAGAAUUUACUUCCAGUAAAUCUUUGCUUCACCAGAUAAGAACAGGGCUUUUUUUUUUUCCUAUGCUCUUGAGUCCUUCAUAGUAAUGACAGAUGAGGACUGAAAAUGACAGAAGCCAGUUUUUCCAUAGCCAUAGUUACACAGGAGGAGAAGGAUGUGUGGUGCAUGGGGUGCAGCAGCUUGCACCUGAGCAGGCUUUACUGGGGCUCGGGGUGCAUAGCCAGAGUUGGAGUGGGAUCACCCGCAGCCCUCCAGCCUCACCCAGACCCACAGGGAAAGCAAAUGGGGGACAUGGUGUGAGGGGCUCCUAUAAAUCUCUAUGCAAAAAAAUAUAAACCUCUGCAAGGCUUGGGCCAGACAUUCAGCAAGUUCAGAACAUUUGUCCUGCAGUGCUCCCGAGCUUGGCACUGAGCGGAGACACCUGGGAAGGGCCCUCUGUGGCCCCAGGGACACAGUGCUUACAAGGCUCACUUGCACUCUUGCCUUUCACCUGUAAUACUCUAUACACCAUGAAGGCAGGGGGGCAGAAAAUGAGGCAGAAGGCUUUAAAAACAUCUUACGGCUUCGUGUCUAAGUUACCUGGAAGCGGUUUUACAUCUGAUGUUGUGUGGCAGCCUGGGGGCAGCAACCCUGCCAAGGGCAGGGGGAGACCAAAGCAGCAGCAAACCAAUAUCCUGCAUUAGCAGCUUCAAGAAGAGAGUAACUUCAUGUACAGCAAUUUUUUUUUUUUUUUUUAAUGAGAACUGCAGUUGCCAAUAUGAUGUCUCAGUUGUAUUUUGGUUUUCACAGGGGAAAAUAAUUCGCCCUUGAAACUGAAAGGCACUACUGUAAACAGGACUUAACUGUGGGCAAGCUGGAGGCCUGUUGCAGGAGGCGCAUCUUGUUUUUAUGCUGUGGUGUGCAUGGUUUACAGAGACUUAGUUGCAUUUUCUUUGUGUAUACUGUUUAUUGUAUAUAGGGGAUGUACGAAUAUAAGGAUACCAUUUUGUCAUAACAAUAUCAAAUUCUACUGAUUUCCACCAUAGACGCUGUCUUAUUGUGUAGAUUUACAGGCCAAUCCACUGACUUUGAUUGUGUCAUUUAACAAUAGAACUGAUGAAUAAAAUUUAA